AGAAGUAGAAGUAGAAGCAGCAGCAAGCACCGAGCAGCGGCAGCUAUUGGAUUUGAAAUUCUAAUUCGAAAACACGAGUCAAGUGUCGCGUAUCUCGAGAUCACGGAUCGCGAAUCACGAAGCGACAAAGCAUCACUUCACACCCUGUCCAAAGGUGGCAAGUGAGACACCUCAACCUUUCGAAAUUCGCAAGUGCAACAAUAACAACAGCAACAACAGCAACAACAAUAGCAGCAACACAAUCAUCAUCAAGAGCGAACAGCAAGAAUAUUGGCAAUAAUAAGGCGUGCAGCCGCCGAGUGUAUCAUUCAAUCAAUCGCUCGCUCAAUCAAUUUGUGUUUGGUGUCAAGAGAGAAAGAAAUUGGCAGUCAACGCGAUCGCACCAUAAAAAAAAUCAACGGCUAAACUCGAGAGGAAAUAUCAAGUUGAAAAUCCGACAAAUCGACACAACCAACAAAUCGGAAGAUCGUCUAACAAAAUCAAAAAAAAAAAAAACGAAAAGAAAAGAAAAGCAAAUAAAUUAAAUUUGAAAAUUGCGUCGAGGUGUUGAAGCGAUUGCAAUUUUUAGUUACUCGUUCAUGAUUUUGAUUUCUUUUUUUUGUUGCGUUCCUUGGUCUUCGCUUUGUGGAAUCGAUUCUGAUUGACACGCUGACAAUUCGAUUUUUCAACACAUUUCGUGCGCGCCUCAAUUGAAUUUUUGUUUACACGUGCUUAUCCCCAAAAAUUUUGUGCAGUGUAUUCGAUCGCGAGAGUGUGUAUGUGUGUGUGUGUGUCCAUGUGUAAUAAUCAAAUUUGACAACUGCGCGAAAAACUGUUCAAGUCAAAACAAACCAAAUACUGAAUACUAUUCGCAAUUCAAAUCAAAAAAACCAAAUAAAUGAUUCAGUAAUUUGUUCGACUUUGCUAUUGUGUAUUGGUUUUUUUUUUGGUUUUCGAUUUUUUUUUUUUGUUGUUGUUGGUGUUCUGUUUCCGUUUUGCGAGCUGAUCAAAAGCUGCCCAAAUGACACACUUGAUGGGCCCCACGGAGUGCUCCAGCGCCAUGGUGGCCACAAUGCCAUUCCUCGACAAUGGCCUCAACGGCAAUCUGCCGGAUUAUGGAUGCUAUGCAAAUGACUAUUGGACAUCGUCGUACACCUCCGGCGGAUUGAGUCCCAUGAAACAGAUCGAAGCUUGCAUUCAAACGGCGGGCAAGGAUCGCACCUCGUACAAGCCACUUGAACAGAUCGAUGCCAAGCUGGCGUCGGACAUUGAUACACACAGCACAGGCAGCAGCAGCAGCGGAGGCAGCAGCAGCCAGGCAAGCAGCGCCGGAAAUUGCCAGGACCAUACUUCGACUGUCCCCGAUUAUCCUGGCAGCAGCAGCAACAGCAGCAGCAACAACAGUAAUAGCAAUAAUAAUAGUAGCAACAACAGCAAUGAAUCAGCUGCGACAGCAACAACAACUUCGGCAGCAGCACCAGCAGCAACUGCAACGACAGCCAAGAAAUAUAAAAACAGCCACAAAAAAGACAACAACAACAGCAAUGGAAACAACAGCAACACAUCAAGCAACAGCAACAAGAGCAAUCACAACAGCGGCAACAACAACAAUAACAAAGGUGAACCGGAGACAGUGCAUCCAUCAUUAGCGCAGGCAAUCGUUGUGCUGGAGACGAAAGCGCUGUGGGAUCAGUUCCAUGCCCAGGGAACCGAGAUGAUCAUCACGAAGACGGGACGUCGCAUGUUUCCCACAUUUCAGGUGCGGAUCGGAGGCCUCGAUCCGCAUGCCACGUACAUCUGCAUGAUGGACUUUGUGCCGAUGGACGAUAAGCGUUAUCGUUAUGCGUUUCACAACUCCUGUUGGGUUGUGGCGGGCAAAGCGGAUGCCAUAUCGCCGCCAAGAAUUCAUGUGCAUCCCGAUUCGCCAGCAGCCGGCGCCAAUUGGAUGAAGCAAAUUGUGUCCUUUGAUAAACUGAAGCUGACCAACAAUCAGCUGGACGAGAAUGGUCAUAUCAUACUGAACUCGAUGCAUCGCUACCAGCCGCGCUUCCACUUGGUUUACUUGCCGCCGAAGAACGCGUCGCUGGAUGAGAACGAGCAUUCGAGUCACUUUCGCACGUUCAUAUUCCCGGAGACCAGCUUUACGGCCGUAACAGCAUAUCAGAACCAGCGCGUAACACAAUUAAAAAUAUCCAGCAAUCCAUUUGCUAAAGGAUUUCGAGAUGAUGGCACCAAUGAUGUCACCAGCAGCAGCCUGGGCAUGUCUAGCAUGAGCCAUGAGAGUCAAGCACGCAUGAAGCAACAACAACAGCAACAGCAACAGCAACAGCAACAACAACAGCAGCAGCAGCAGCAACAGCAAAUGCAGCAGCAACAUCUGAAAGCCAAGGACAGAACGCCACCGAAUAGCUUCAGCUUGAGUUGCACAGAGCUUGUCGAGCAACAGUCGGCGGCGGCAGCGGCAGCAGCAGUUGCUGCUGCAACAGCAACCAGCACGGCGGCAACACAAUUGGCUAUGCAACUGCCAGCAACACCGUCGAGCAGCUCCACAUCGGGCAACUCGCCGGAUCUGUUGGGCUUCCAAUUGGAUGCAACACCAUUGCAACAGCAACAGCAGCAGCUGCAUCAACAGCAAUUGCAACAGCAGCAGCAAUCCACGUCCCAGCAACUGCAACUGCAUCAGCAACAGCAGCAGCAGCAACAACAUCAGCAGCAGCAACAACAGCAGCAGCAACAGCAACAACAGCAGCAGCUUCAUCAAAUGUCCAGCAGCUAUGGCGGCAGCUAUCAUCAUCCCUAUCAUCAGCAUCAGCAUCAGCAUACGCCGACGCCGUUGACACCGCUCUCGGCGAGCUCAGCUUCGCCGCCGGCGCCAGGUGUUGCUGCUGCAGCGGCAGCCACACAGGUGAUGGCAGCGGCGAACAUUUAUUCGAGCAUUGGACAACCGUACGCAGCUGAGCAGAGCAACUUUGGCGCCAUCUAUCAUCACAAUGCGGCGGCAGCGGCUCACUAUCACAGCCAUGGCAGCCCCUAUGGCAGUCCCUAUGACAAGCUGAAGGUCACCACGGGUCACAUGAGACAGGCGGCUGCCGCCUAUGGCAUGAGCAGCUAUCAGAGCUUCUAUGGCUCGGCGGCGGCAGCGCAUCAAAUGAUGCGGCCCAAUAGCUACAUUGAUCUGGGGCCGCGUUGAUAUCGAUAUCGAUAACGAUAACGAUAUCGAAAACGAUAACGGAGCCGAUAUCGAUAUCGAAUAAGUAUUAUAGUCAGCCAAACGGGGGCCUGAACUCAAGUAUUACAAGUAUUUUCAACUCAAAACUCAAAACUUCAACUCAACUCAAUUUAAAUAAAUGUAGUGUUUUUUUUUUUGCUAGUCUUUAAGCGACAGAUUUGUGUCUAGUUCAAAGAGUGUGCCAAAAAUAAAAUGUAACCAAAAAAAAAGGAUGUAUCUUUAUUGUAUUAGAAUGUAACUAAUUUUUUUAACCAUUUUUUUUUUUUAUUUGUAUGUAUGUCAAGUGUACUUGCAAUGCCUUUUAAUCGUUAUCCAAGUGUAAUAUCUUGUAAGUUUUACUCAAUCUCAUUGUUCUACUUACAUAUGUACAUACAUACACAUACACUUACACACAUAGAAACACACACACAUGCAUACUUAGAUACUUAAGCACUUACGUUGAAAAUGCUGCAACAGUUUCAAACAAAUAAAAGCCAAAUCA